AUGACCUCUUCAACCACAGACUCCUGGAAUAACCCUCAAAUCCCUCCUCCACCGCCGUCACCUGCUGUGGUAGGAGCACGCUUCCGCGACACCUCACCUACCGCUGAUGCCGAUUAUGAAGCCCGUUUCCCCGUACUCCCAAAAAUAGAUGAUCCAAACACAGCAAAAACUGCCACCACCGCCACGACCAUUACCGCUGCUGAAAGCUCUCACCCCCAGCGCUCCGAGUCAACCUCACGGGCUCCCCACAAGAAGAAGAGGACUCGCAGCACAGGCGUCGAGGACGCAACACCACGACCACGCCAACCCAUCCCGGUUCCAGGCCAGUAUAUGAAUGUCCCAUACUAUCCUCCGCCUUAUCAGAAUAGCCCAGAAUCGCAUCAGGCAUAUCAAGGAUCUGGAUACUAUGAUAAUGCGUAUGGGUGUGGCAAUGGAGGGUAUUCACCGCACACCCAAAGGAGAUCGCUGCAGGCCUAUCCCUUGGUAUCGCCUCUACAUGUAAGAGAUUCCUUCUGCGGAAACUCUUACCCGCCGCCGCCGCCAGUGCACUAUCCGCACCCGCUGCCGACGCCGCCGCCGGUAAUGGCAUAUAUGAAGAAGGCCCCCAGCGAGGGGAGUGACUGCCAGCAUUACGACAACGCAACCAUACGAGGGUCGCAGAGUAUGAAGGCGUGCAAGAGUGUCCAGGAAGGUGAAGUGUGCGAAAAGAAGCAGGGCGAGGGUGAUAUUUCAUCCAAUACCAAUCCUGAGGAGAAGAAAUGUAGCACACAGAUGUUGCCAUCAGUACCGUACUACGCAACACCGCCUCCAUCACCUACGUUCAGGGUACCCACUGGCUAUCCCUUCCUCGCAGAGACUCUCUCUACAACUCCGUCUCUUCAACUAUACCGCCGCUUCUCAAAGCUUAAUCAUCUCGUGCUUCUGCAUCUCCAGGAUGAGAUAUCAGAGCUUGAAUCUGUCCUUUCCGAUCUCGAUGAGCAAGAGUAUAUUCACAACAACGGUGCGAGCCUACGUGCAAGACGCGGCAUGGGAAGUGAUAGUAGGAGGCUUCAGGUUAUGGGUGCUAUUGCGUUCAAGUUACAGCAGUAUAACAAAGCACUGAAGGGAUAUAGAGAAAUGACGGAUGCCCUUUCACCGAUAGAGAAAGGAGAUCUGGAAGUCUACAAGGCAUGGGUGAUGAAGCGACGACCACUUGUAGAAGCUGAAGGCAGAGUAUUGGGUGAUCAUCCAGAAGACUUAGCAAGAUUACAUCGGAGGCCUAGAAAGUCCGAGGUUGAGUUUUCCCCCGCGUUGAAAAUGGGCUUAACAAUGCUGUCAUGCGGGAUCGCCGGGGUAGCGAGUUUAAGAGUUUCGCGGGCUGCGGAUGUACCUUUGGCUUUGGCGUCUGGAGUGAUUGGUGGUGCAGCGGCUAUGAUGUGGGCGUUUUUCUAG